AUGCUUCUGGAUCGAAGCUACGUAGAUUUGAAGAAUCAAGUGAUAAAAGCGGAAAGAAAGCUGUUAAAUGCGCUUGGUUUUGUAGUACACGUCAAUCAUCCACAUAAGCUUAUAUAUGCAUAUCUUCAUGCGCUAGGCGCUACUGGCAAUCACGAACUCAUGCAAAAAGCAUGGAGUUAUAUGAAUGAUGGGUUACGCACAGAUAUAUUUCUCAGGUAUCGGCCGGAAACAAUUGCAUGCUCUUGCAUUCAUCUUGCAGCAAGAACUAUAUCGGAACCCUUGCCGCUUCCGCACGAACCCUUCCCUUGGUUUGAAGCAUUUGAUGCAAGUGAUAGGGAUGUACAGACGAUCUCAGUUUUGCUUCUGCAGGUUUAUGCUCGAAUACGAGCGCCAAACUGGACAAGGUUGAAUGAUACACUGAACAAGCUACGAAUCGGUCUGAGUAACGCAUUUGCAAAGGCUCAACAGACGGAGAACGUAGCAAAUAAAGAAGUCGAACGAGCGAAAGCCAUUUUGGAGAAAAGACGUCGCGAAAUCGCCAGCAAAGCUGCUGAAAUGGAGCGACAAAAUGGUGCUAAAAGUAAAGCUAGAGAAGGUAGUGGAAAGGAAAAAGAAGUUCAGCGUGAUAGGGAAAAAGAAAAUGAUCACUACAAUGCUAAGCAGACAUCGUCUUCAGCCUCACGUUCACGCUCAAGAUCACCAAUCGAACCCAAGAAAUUUCGCUCCUCACCUAUAUAUUAUCACCAUCGGGCUGAAUCAACGGAACAUGAUCGAUCAUCAAAGCGUAACCAUCAUCAUUCAAGACAUCAGAGAGAUGAAAGACGACGAGCAAGAGAAGAACGGCGAGCGGAAAAAGAUCGACGUCAUCGGACCAGAAGUCGAGAUGGUCGACGUAAAGUUACUGAAAAGGACAGAGUGAGCAAUCAGCGUGAACGUGAAAAAGAUGUUUAUUUGGCCCUAGGGAAGAGAAGACGGAGUAGUGAAAGCCCUUCGCCUGUUAAAGUGCGGCGUUAG